UCGGCCGUCGCUCGCGUUCAGCGGCGGAAUAAAAAUGUCCACCGUCGGAUCCGUUCAACUAUCGGUUCCUUUUUCAUCAAACUCUCCGUUUUUCUAACAAAGCAGCGGCGCGGACAAUGCGCGCCUCGGCGGACAGCAGCUAACGGCCGCUAGUCGUCGUGUGGCGGGCGGGGAGGGGGCUGUGUUCCGGCCCAAGCCGAUGGGAGCCGCGGUUCUCCGGGGCAGAAGGCGGAAGACCCGACCGGAGAUGCACCGCGGCCACAGCGGCCGCCCCGCGCGCACACUGGCCGCCUGAGGAUGCGCCUGGACGGCUCAUAACCCACCAGGAACCAAGGAUCGCAGAGGAAACCUUUUCACUCAUGACUUCCUGUUUUACGGCGCCGCAGCAGGACUGUUUGAACUGAGACCGCUUCGAUUCGUAGACGCCGCGCUCACUGACGCUCAGGAUGGCGAGCAGGAGGAAGUCGACCACGCCCUGCAUGGUCCCGCCGCGGGACGCCGCCGACUCGGACCAGGACAUGGACGACGCGGCCGAGGCGGCGGCCGAGGCGGAGCCCAGUAACGGCGUGGCCUCGGCCUCAUCGGAGGUCCGCUGUCCGCCGGAGGACUGGGGCGAGGACGCCGACGGCAAAGCGGCGCCCGACCACUACCUGGACUUAAACACGGCGGAGGGAGGAUACGAGUGCAAAUACUGCAGCUUCCAGACGACGGAGCUCAACCUGUUCACCAUGCACGUGGAUACGGAGCAUCCCGACGUCGUCCUCAACACGUCCUACGUCUGCAUGGAGUGUGACUACCACACCAAGAGUUACGACACGCUGCUGGCGCACAACGCUCGCCUCCAUCCGGGCGAAGACAACUUCACACGGACGAUGGUGAAGCGGAACAACGAGACCAUCUUCCAGCAGACGGUCAACGACCUGACCUUCGACGGCAGCUUCGUCAAAAUGGAGGACGAGGAGGCGGAGGACGUGACGCGCAAAGGCAUCGCCCUCAGCAAGACGCCCAUCAUGAAGAUCAAGAGCCGCCAUGAGCCCAAGAAGUUUGCCACCGCCCACAGGAUGCUGGUCGACGACGUCAUCAAAGUGGAGAGCGAUGACGAUGAAGAUAACGACGAAGACGACGACGACGACGCGGAACCGCCCACGCUGUCGCCCGCCCCCAUGAUGCCCGCCACCGCCGUCACACCCCGCCUCAUCCCUGUGUCGGCGCCGCUGCACGUGCAGGCCGUCCCACAGAGCAUUGUGGUCAACAGCCCCAACGUGCUGCAGAUUAAAGGCGGCUCGGGCGGUGGCGGCGGCGUGCUGCCUCCUGGGACGCUGGCCCAGGUUCUGUCGGCGCUGCAGAACCAGAACAGCGGGCAGAGCCAGACCCAGCUGCUCAUCCCCAUCAGCAGCAUCCCCACCUACAACAGCGCCAUGGACAACAACGUCCUGCUGGUCAGCGCCUACAACAGGUUUCCGUACCCGUCGGUGUCAGAGAUCAUGGGUUUGUCGUCACAGACAAAGUUCAGUGAGGAACAGAUCAAGGUCUGGUUUUCAGCUCAGAGACUCAAACAUGGAGUGAGCUGGACGCCAGAGGAGGUGGAGGAGGCGAGGAGGAAGAAGUUUAAUGGCACGGUGCAGACCGUCCCUCAGACCAUCACCGUCAUCCCCGCCAACAUCGCCGCCGCCACCAACGGCCUCCAGUCCAUCUUCCAGACGUGUCAGAUCGUGGGCCAGCCCGGCCUCGUCCUCACUCAGGUGGCCGGUAACGGCGGCACCGUGCCCGUCGCCUCCCCCAUCACCCUGACGGUCGCAGGCGUCCCCGGUAACCAGCCUAAAGCCGCCGAGCCGUCGGCGUCAGAAUCAAAGACUGAGAUGUCGUCGUCAUCGAGCGGCACGACGCUCACUCUGGACGCAUCAUCUGCCAAACCGAAGAAGUCCAAGGAGCAGCUGGCGGAGCUGAAGGCGAGCUACAGCCGGCGCCAGUUCGCCACCGAGGCCGAGAUCUCACGCCUCAUGCAGGUCACCAAACUGUCCAAACGAGCAAUAAAGAAGUGGUUCAGCGACACACGUUACAACCAGCGAAACUCCAAGGACCAUCACAGCCUCCCGCUGGGUGACGGCUCGUCUGGCCGGGCGCCGGCUCCGCCGGCAAGCGGCCGAGGGGGACGCCACAGCAGCGGCAACCUCAACGACAGCAACAACAACAACGACAACAACCCAACAAUCGUCAUUGACUCGAGCGACGACGCCAGCGACUCCUCUCCGACAUCCGCCAACGCCCCGGGGUCGUCAGUUUCCUCUGACCUGCGAGUCAAAUUCCGCCACGCCUUCCCCGACUUCACGCUUCAGAAAUUCAAAGAGAAAACGCCGGAGCAGCUGCUGGUCUUGGAGGCCAGUUUCCAGAAGUCGGACACGCCAUCCGACGAGGAGCUGAGCCGCCUCCGAACUGAGACCAAACUGACACGACGUGAAGUGGACGCCUGGUUCACGGAGCGGCGGAAAAUGCCUUGUUCUUCUUCACAGGCAAAAGAAAGCGAUGUGAAGGUGAAAACAGACGGCAUGAAAGCGAAGGCGGCGGUCACGCCUUCGUCCUCAUCUCAGGAGAGACAGAGCACUCCGCCCGCCGCCAGGAAGAUCCUGAAGAAAACACCGGAGCAGCUCCACUUCCUGAAGAAGGCGUUUGUCCGGUCGCAGUGGCCGACAUCUGAGGAGUACGACCAGAUGGCGGACGAGACCGGCCUGCCACGCCCGUACAUCGUCAACUGGUUCGGAGACACACGCUACGCCUGCAAGAACAGUAACCUGAAGUGGUACUACCUGUACCAGAGUGGGAAGGUGGACGAGGCGCUGAACGGUGGAGCCAAGGUCCAGAAGAAACCCAGGAAACGGUUCCGAGGCUGGUCCAAGAGGUCACGGCGGCCGUGUCCCUCCAAACGGUCACCACAGGAGGGCGCCACCGCCAUCAAGGUGAAAUCCGGGAAGUCGUUUCUGAAGGAGUACUACCUCAGACACCGAGCGCUGAGCGAGAAGGACCUGGACGAACUGGUCACCAAGUCCAACAUGAGCUACGAGCAGGUCCGGGACUGGUUCUCCGAGGUCGGCAGGAAGACGGAGGAGGGCCGCGAGCCAUUCAGCGACGAAGAGGAGGAGGAGGAGGCCGAGGAGGACGACGAGGAUGAAGAGGCGGAGGUGGCGGGGGCGGAGGUGGCAGCAGCGGUGGAGGAAGAGGAGGAGGAGGCAGAGCUGGCGGACAGCGACACAGAGAUGGAGGUGAAGGAGCAGGGAGAGGAGGGAACAGAUGAAGACUGCAAUGAAGAGGAGGAGGAGGAGGAGGAGACGAUCAGCCAAUCACAGCCUCAGGCCGAGGAGCAGACCUGAGCAGACGGACGUUCUCCGAGGGCGUGGAGGAGGGUUCCGUUCAGCGUUCCUCAGCCGACGACGAGUCGACCCGACAGGACGACGAUGACGACGCUGAGGAACUCUGAAACUGAGUGUGGACGGAGGCAGUUUCAGCCGAACCGUGGGGACCAACUGCACCCGAGGACGCUGCCGCCGCCGCCUCCUCGCUGCUCGCCUCUGACCGCGGCGACCGGGACUUCAGCCUUUUUUCAGUCGUUUUUUCUUACAUAGAUCGAUGUUUUAUGGUAAACUUUGUAUAACGAAGAAAACAAUCCAAAACAUUUCUAAGAGCUGAGACCGCUGCAAUUUUUUCAAGAGGAAUCGUGUAACGUUUUUUUUUUCUCUCAAGGGAACGCCCCUCCCCUUGCUCCACCCUCCUGCCCCGCCCCCCUUCAGAACCCCUUGGUGGUUCUUUGUGAAUAGACCGGUUCAUUAGUGCCAUUCUGUUUCUACGACAGAUUCUGUUUUCAUAUCAUGAUGAAACCAGUGCUGGAUUUAACUCCACCUCUUUUUGUUUUUUCUUCUGUCCUGAUGUGACGUCGUUCGACCGUCGUUCUCAUACGACUCUGGGUUGGUUUUUUUCUUUUUUUUUUUUUUUAAAUGAUGCUGGUGAUUAUUUCCACGUUUGCAGGUAUUUGGGUCCAUUCGGUUUCAAUCGGUUCAUUUUACCUCGAAAACCGCUGAAGGAAUCCACAAAGUCCACCUUAAAUCCAAACCCUCAUACCCCUUUAAAUGAGGUGGGGCUCCGCAGGCGUCACCCAAGAGCAUGAUGGGAAACGAGCAGGACAAUCCGCAACACCGACCUCGGCACCAUUUAUCGGUUUAUUAAUAUCGUUUUUUUUUCUUCUAUUUCAGUGCGAUUCACGCUGAAAAUGCGAUUUAUGCGACAGACGCAUAUUCGACUGUUUGUUUAAGGUGGAUUUUUCAUUUAACUUCUCUUCUGUUUUAAAGUGUUGGUUCAGAGUGAGGUUGACGGAGGUAAUUCUACAUAAUCUGAGGUUUUACUACAAUAUAAAUAACAUUUACAGUGAAAUGAUACUGGUUAUACUGAUAGAAUUCAACGUAAGAGACGAUAUUGUUUAAAAUAACAAUUUGGCGAAUAACAAACUUUUUUUAAAUGUAUUUUUUCCCUAAUUUUACGUCAGGGAAACUAAAAUGUUUUAAUUAAAACCAACCUCUAGCCCUUAUUUUCACUAUUUUCCUCCAGUUUAUGAAACAAUCUUUAAUGUAAGUAUUUAAGAUUCUAUUUACACGCCUCAUAAUGAGAUAAACGACCUCUAAUGUGGUUUUUUUUUCCUACAAAUUAUGAUUAAAAACCAGGAUUAAUGCUCAUAUUGAUGCAGCCUGAACUCAUUUACCGUAUGAUUCCAUCGUUCUGUCAGAAAAGUAGAAAAUCUGUUUAAAAAAAAAA